UUAGUUUAUUCGGGUUUGUUCGGUAUUGCUCUCAAAUCUGUUCGAAUCUGCAGACCCGGCAGAUGGAUAAAAAUAACUCGCACACGGAGUAAUUAUAACCUCUACAAUAUUCUGUGUGUGUAUUUCGUUGAAAUUAUUAAAAACAAUGUUUUAUUAAUAAUAAUAAGAAUUGUUUUAGCGGUAUAAUUCAAAUAUCUUUUCAUCUAAACAUCGAUAUAUCGUAAUGACUGCAUCGUCGAAUACUGGUGCUGAAAAAGAGAUUGAAGAUCCCGUUGAGCGGAUGUUAAAGAAAACCGGUUGCAUAGAAUUACACUAUCAAGUUCAAGAAUGUAUAGCGGAACAUCAGGACUGGAGAAAGUGUCAAAAUGAAGUAAAAAAGUUUAAAGAAUGCAUGGAUAAACACACAAAGCAACAAGAACAAAGACAUUAAUAGCGCUUUGAUU